AUGACUAUAGCAACAAAGUCUGCCGUCCAUGUUGUUGGGAUGGGUUCCAUGGGGACCCUUCUAGCUGUCAAUUUGCUUCAUACCACAAACACUGAAGUCAUUCCGUUGUUCCGAAACAAAGAUAGAAUGGACCAGUUCCAGAAAGAAUCGAAUUCAACCAUUGGAAUCAGAAGAUUGUAUCUGGAAGACCAGCCUUUGUUGACGAAAACUCUAACGAAGAGCUACUGUCCUGAAACUUUUACGGGGACAAAGAUAGAAAACUUGAUCGUUACAACAAAAACGUACCAGACGAAAGCCGCAUUGCAACCGUACUUAUCUUUUAUUGAUUCCAACACGAACUUGAUUUUGAUUCAAAAUGGGUUAGGUGUCUUAGAAGUGUUAAGGGACGAUGUUUUUGCUAACAGCACUGAGAAACCAAAUCUAUUCCAAGGUGUGAUCGGCCACGGCGUAUUUCAAGACACUGGUUAUGUGUUUAACCAUGCCGGAUUUGCUAACUUGAAAAUUGCCCGAUUGCCUUGGAAUCAAAAUGAUUUUGCCCAAAGAGAAAGCGAUGUGGAAAGAGAUGCUCUCGACAACUCUUUGGUCAAGAUACUUAUGCAACCAGGUUUUGUCCGGGAACUUGGUUGCGAGCAGCAGACAUACCAAUCGCUUCUGCUUGGCCAACUCUUUAAGUUUUUAAUCAAUUCCUGUAUCAACCCAGUCACUGCCAUUCUGGAUUGCGAUAACGGUGAAAUAAAGGAUAGUUGCCGUGAUGUGUUUUGUUCCAUUGUUGAAGAGUCCCUGUCUGUACUGCGCGUUGCCUUCAAACCUUUGUUUGAUUACGAAAAAAACUACAACGGUAAAGCAGACUACCCGAUCCUGGAUGUCAAUAACGUUUUAAACGUCGAACAUAUGAUCGAAGAAAUCAAUAGAAUCGGAUGCAUAGUGAAUGCGAAAAACAGCAGCUCUAUGAGACAGGAUACGAGAUAUUUAAGAGACACAGAGAUUGCCUAUAUUAAUGGCUACAUCGUCUCGUUGGCUGAGAAAUUACAGUUGGGCCCGCAAGCAACCAAAACCAACAAAAUAAUUUCAGAACUGGCUCAAUUGAGAUUAAGCUUGAACCGCACAAGAGCCUCAAAUAAAUGA